AUGAGGAUGGGUCAUGGGGGUGGCCAUGUCGAUGAUGGCCAAAGCCGCAAAAAGAAGCAGCUUUUUGAUAUUGUCCUGCCUGCAGUGGAGAAGACCGUGGGACACCUAGAAAAUUUGUAUGCCGGACUUCCAGAUGCAGGUGGGCGUAGCAAUAUACGCCCAACUUCAAACCACCCAGCUGGCCGUUUGGUGGAUUUGCUAAGCCAAGCGGAGCACCUGACCAAUGCUGGCAUGUUUACGGGAGCAAACCCGGCGGAGGGGCUUGGAGUUGAUCCAGACCAUGCGCACGCAGUUCAUUUACGCAGCAGGUUAGCUGAUUUCGCAUGUCUGGCGCCGCUGGAGGAUCUUGACCAAGAAGGACAGGGUCCAGACGAUGCAGGCCCCUCAGGGUUUCGUACCCUGCAGGAGCUGGCACGCUGGCGGGAUGCGGUCAGUUGCAGAGAGACACUCACUAGGAAAGAGUCCUCGGAGAUUCUCCGUGCAUUGCUGCGGGCUGAAAGGACAACUGCAGAGUUGCAGCGCGCGGAGGCUGCGUGCAAUCGACGCUGGGAUGCGUUGUCACAAGAGGUGCGGCAAGCAGGUGACAAAAUAAAGGCCAUUCGAAGUCGAGCGCAGAAGCUGCAAGAAAGAAAGGGUGAUAUUCACACCGCUGGGGCGCUUCGGCGGCAAGAGCUAUGGGCGAAGCUUCUUGAAGCUGCUGGGACAAGUGAGGUGCACACUACCAUGGUUACCACAGUGCAUCAGCAGCUGUGUGAGGUUGAUGCGCAGCGGCAGGAGCUUCUUGGGCGCAUUGCUGCAGACAGCGAAAAGCUUCACCGAGUCUCCUCAAAGAGGAGGCAAUAUCAAGAUGUUGUGGAGAUGCUGACGCACCUUGCGCGAGAUCAAGACAACAGUGGCGAGGCUGAAGCACACCAAUCUGCAGACGAUGUCGUGGAGGCGGAGCUGGCGCUUGAAGCGGUCGUGUGGCAACAGAUACAGGAAGAGCAAAUCAGCUUCCCUGCAGCUUCGGCAUGUUCCCCGCCGCCACCCAAGGUCAAGCCAUUAGAGGACUUGACACAGGCAACUGAAGGUGCUAGCUUCGCCCCGCCAUCCCUGCCGACUCAUUUUGGGGAGCCAGACAAAGAUCUGGAUGAGCCCCCAACCCCCAGCCGCGCCAGCCAUGCCAGUCACACCAGCCAAGCCAGGGAAAGGGAGGAGGCUCCGCUCUACACGGAGGUCAAACAGAUGCCCUCCAACGUAACUCCGAAGGUUGCAAGCUUAAUCGAGCGAUUGUCCAUGCCUCGUGAUCUGCGAAGGCAAGCUGAGCGGGAGCAGCGCUCGACAACCUGUGAAGUUCGAGAGAUGUCGCCAAAGCCUCCGGCGCAAGCAGAGAAAGCUGCCAUGCGCCAAAGCACGGCUGAUAAUGCCUGGCCCGUACACUCCGACGGCCCUCCCCCACUGCCUGCAGCCGAAGGACCACAUGCUUCACAGAAUGCAGAUCAGCCGUGGAAGCCUCCGCCACCGAGCCUGGCGUCACCUGACAUGCUAUGGGGUGAGUUGCCAUCAACUCCCUUGGUUCCGGGCCUUGCCAAAGCAGCAAGCCAAGAUGCCGCAGAUAGAAGCACGCGGGCCCGUGCCCCCUCAGACAAGAGGAGUUCCGCAGAUCACCUUCCACCCGCGGGUGUACCAUAUGUCCGCCGGGUAACGCUGGAGCUGGAUGACUGA